UUGGGGUCUAAAGAUAUAGUCCCUAUUCUCAAGUCCAACUCCCCAACUCCCAAAUCCUCUCCUGCGAAGAGGGUAAUUGACUCUGACAAUUCUGAAAACAGCCUUCUGAAACCUUCUUGUCUAGUGGAAGUAUCUAUCCAAGCUCAGCCAGGGAGCCUCAACAUACCAGCCUCAAUUAACCAUCAUACAACCUCAUUCACAGAACAAGGCACUCCACUGAUUCCAGAUCCAAUAAACCAGUCAAAAGGAGCUGAAAUGGAGCCAAACAAUAAUAAGAAGAUUGAUGAUGUUCCUAUUCCUGAGAUAGCACACAACAUGGAUAUUGAAGGGGUUCAUCCAGCUACUGUUCACAACACCAGGAAGUGGAAAAGAGCUACUCCAAACAAGGACAAAACUCAGAACUCUUUGUCAAUACCAAAAGCUCCCACAAACAAGCACUCCCAAAAGAGAGAUGAACCAGAGUUCAUCGGGUUUUAA